UGUUCACAAAGAUAUACCAACUUUUUAAGUUAACCAAGAAAAAAAAUGGAAGAAGGUGGUAUCAACAAGCCUCAAAAAAGAAGACAAAAGGCAAAGGUGACACUAGCAAGGAGUGAGACAUUUCCAUCAACAAGUAAUCCUCAAAGAGCUUCUUCUGGACAAGCUAUCAAUCAACAAGAAUCCUCUUCCAUUCCAUCAUUUCCUACACACUUGGAUCAGGGAGCAUCUUUUAUUCAACAACAACCAUAUGUGUCAAACUUGGAAUCUGAUAGUUUAACAAAUCGCAGACGAGUAGCUAAUGCAGGAGAUGCUAGCCUUGAGGCUCUUGGGGCGCUUCUCGUUAAAAUUCAGCCUUCUUUAAGCUCUCUUUUACAAGAUUUGGCAAACUGGGACGCAGCUAGGUCUUUACCGGCGCCAAACUUUGACGAACCCCAAGAAACUUGCUCACUUGCAAAGACAUCACAAGAAGAACUGGAGCAGAUAGUGUCAGAGGAGCCAAUCCCUACUGAUUGGAAAAAGAAUUCAGGGGAAAGAAGAUUAGAUGAAUACCGUGAGAUCGGUCGUCCCCUCCUUGAAGCUGCCUAUAAAGGUGAUUGGCCGACUGCUAAAGCUUUUCUUGAGGAACACGGCCAAGACUUUGUUCGACAUCCCAUAACAAGAGAGCAAGGGACAGCACUUCACAAUGCGGUAGUUGCAAAACACACCACUUUUGUAGAAGAAUUGGUGAAUUUAAUGACUUCGGAUGACUUGAAACUGCAAACCAUACAAGGACUCACGGCCCUUCACUUUGCUGCUCAAACAAGAGUCGUGAGAAUUGCUAAGGAGAUGGUGAAAAAGAACGAGGAACUGCCAUUUAUACAUGAUUUCACUGGAAUGAUACCACUUCAAAUUGCAGCUUAUCAAGGAGAUAGAAACAUGGUCGAUUAUCUAUUCUCUGUGACAUCUUUUACACCGUUGACUACUUAUCAACGCAUUGAUCUCCUUCUUGGUACUAUUUCCGCUGGUUUUUACGAUAUAGCAUUGAAAAUUCUGGAAAGUGAUACGAACUUAGUAACUGCCGACACUGCAUGUGGGUGGAUAGCUUUGGAACAGUUGGCCAAAAAGCCUUAUGCAAUCGGCAGCAAAAGUCAGCUACCAUUCUGGAAAGGAUGCUUAAAUUCCUGGUUCAAAGGGAUUUGUAACAAAGCAUUAAUGCAGACAUUAGCCCAUCAAUUAGUUGAACGCCUUUGGAAAAUGGUUGGAACAAUGCCAGACAAACAUCUCUUAUCAAACUAUUUUCACAAUCAUAUCAAUUUACUCUUCGAAGCAGCAGAAGUAGGAAACAUUGAAUUUCUUAGUAUAGUUAUACGCUCUUAUCCAGACCUAAUAUGGCAACUAGGCGGAGAUAACAUGACUCUAUUUCAUACUGCUAUUUUCUAUCGGCAAGAGAAUGUGUUCAGUCUAAUAUAUGAGAUAGGCAUUAUGAAGGAUAACAUUGCAAUGAUCAUUAAUCCCCAAAAUGGUGAGAACAUGCUUCACUUGGCAGGAAAAUUGCCUCCUUUAGAUCGACUGAAUAUCAUAUCAGGAGCAGCUCUUCAAAUGCAACGAGAGUUGUUGUGGUUUAAGGAGAUAGAGAAGAUUGUGCAACCUUCAUAUGUUAACAAGAAGAACUCUUUUGGAGACACACCAAGGGACAUAUUUAUAAAGUCGCAUAAAGAAUUGCAGGAAAAUGGUGAAAAAUGGAUGAAGGACACAGCAAACUAUUGCAUGCUUGUUGCAACAUUGAUUGCCACUGUGGUUUUUGCUGCAGCCUUUACUGUACCAGGUGGCAAUAAUCAAGAAUCAGGCAUUCCUAUUUUUUUAAGAAGCAACUGGUUUAUGGUAUUCUUUGUAUCGGAUGCAAUAGCACUAUUCUCUUCUUCGACUUCAAUAGUAAUUUUUUUGUCAAUUCUCACAUCGCGUUACACAGAAAGGGAUUUCUUCAAGUCAUUACCAACAAAGUUGGCGUUUGGACUUGCCACACUCUUCAUCUCUAUAGCGGGCAUGGUCGUAGCCUUCAGUGCAACUUGCUUUUUGGUAUAUAACAGCAAAAUUACAUGGGCUCCAGUUGUUAUCAUCGCUGCAGCUAGUAUCCCAGUUACUUUCUUUUUUCUUCUACAUUAUACACUUUGGGCUGAUACAUUCAUCUCAACUUUCUCAACGUUCAGGUCUAGAUUUUUUUUUCGGCCAUUUAAUCAUAGACUUUUCUAAUGGAAUAUGCCGACUGGGUAAUUGUUCAGUAGAAAAUAUUCAGUGCAAGUGAAGCGACAAGGAAGGAACAUUCAUUGAACAAGCUGGAAGGCCCAGGAAAGAAUUGGGCAAAUCAAGGCUUUGGGUCGAUGUACGUUUAUCUGAACUAUUUUUAUCAUAACUUUUUACGGACUUUGAUGUUAUAUAUAUAUAUAUAUAUAUAUAUAUAUAUAUAUAUAUAUACACACGCAUUGUUUUUUCUUU